AACACAGACAAAAAAAUCUAAAAUCCCGAGCUCCCACUGUGCUUCAAAUGUGGCAGAAAAAGAACACUGGAUGAGCCUGCCGUGGCCCAUGGCCACAACUGGGAACUCAUUCCAUUUGCAACCAAGAGGGCCAGAGAGCUGGUAAGUCAUCGCCUUCCUGCCCUCACAGGAUAGGACACUGCCGCCACAUGGAUCAUCACUGGCUGAUCUGCUCGGCAUCAGCAUCUGAAGAGGAUUGGAGGCCAUUGAGGAAUCUCCCAGUGCUCCGAGUCUCACUGGACAGCUCAGGUAUUUCAAGGCAGAGCUGCAACCUCUGAACUUCUGGUGGUGCAUGGUCCACAGGUGCCAUGGGGCUCACAUCGGGGAGCAGGUGCCCAUCUCUGAGCCUCUUGGGGGCUCUGACCUUACUCCUGUGCCCCUCCAACUUACAAGGUUGCAGCUCUCCCCCUGAGAUUCCACAUGGGAACUACGCAUACCUCACCGGAUACCUGGUGUUCACUACCCAAGUGCAGUACGAAUGCAAUGAAGGAUAUGCUCUGGUGGGAGCAGCCAUAAUCUCCUGCGGGUUUUUUGGGUGGUCACCACCAGCUCCUCAGUGUCAAGCUUUGUGCCUAAAGCCAAAGAUACCAAAUGGAAGGCUGUCUGUGGAGAAGGAGCAGUAUAUCAGCCCUGAAACUGUCACCAUCCAGUGUGACCCUGGCUAUAGGAUGGUUGGCUCCCAGAGGAUCUCCUGCUUGGAGGACAAAUCUUGGAGCCCAGCUGUGCCCAGCUGUGAAAGGCAAGUUCCUGAAGAUCACAAUAUUGUCCAAGCAGGAAAAAGUCUCUUACAGUGUCUCCCAAGUCCAAGGGACUCAAAGGUGGCCCUGGAAUUAUAUAAACUUUCUCUGGAGAUUGAAAAACUGGAGCGAGAGAGAGACAGGGGGAAAGUCAUUUAAAUAUACUACAGCUCUUUUCCUAGGAAGAUGAAGCAAAGAUUUGCUUUUCUGUAUAGCUGAGAGGAAACCUCAGUUUACCAGCUCUAUUUAAACAUUUAUUGCAAUAAAUGUUUAUUGAAAUAAACAA